CGUCUCAGCACGUAGCUUAUGUUCUUGACUGCCAUUCGAAAGAGUAUAUUGUUUCCCGCUCUAUGAUAUUGAUAGAUAAGGUACCACCCUAGGAGGUACACAAGGAAUACCACUAGCAGCAUCAUUGCGACGUUUCUUUUUGCCGUUCUGUGUUGCACUAAGGACGGAGCAGAAGCAGAACACAAAAUCAAAAAUGGCGGCACGGGCUUCGAUACCUGUGCGCUUCCGACAUGCGUUGGCCGCGUCAGCGAUGAUGCUCGUGCACGUUGACAUCACUCCAGUCGCAGCUCGAGAAGUUGUUCGCCUAGAUGCCGACGGGAACCUAGGAGCAUUUGGGCAGCAGGAGUUUGAUGCCGAGGAAUUUUCGGACGAGGACGGUGCGACUGCGGUAGCGGAGUUUCUGCCGCAGGAUGCUGCUGGGUCCACCUCCGACGCCGCGUCGUUUCUUGCGCUGGCGCCCGCUCGCAAGGGCAUCCGGGGGAAAAUCGCGAGCGAUGCCUACAAUGCCAGUGCCAGGAACGCAACCGCAAUGGCCAUCAUCAGAUCGAUGUCGAACCACGAUUUGUAUGUCCUCGAAGGCCUGGUGCAGGGCCGGGCCACACUUCGUGCUGGCUUCGGGGCGAUGAUUACGGCUUUGGUCACGAGCUUCUGGAUGAUGCUGUACCAAGGGAUCGGUGGUCUUGCAGCUGUGCCUUUUCUUCAUUUCCUCGCCGGCGCAUCGGUAAUGGGUCCCGUUGUGAUGGGGCUCAUCGUUCUGUUUUUCCUCGGUUUCCUCUCGGUGACCCUGGGGGAGGCUUUUCGGACGUCCUUCGUUUCGUCACUGCUGUACAGCGAUCGCAUUGGGCAGGUCAUCGAGGGCGUUCCUCCUGCGGCCGCGCAUGACUCGUGGCUACCACACGCGCUGCUCCGGAAACACAUUUACCUCGCCCUGCUUCCUCUUGGCGACAUCACGCUCCAGACUUUCUCCACUCUACAAGGUCCCCAAGCACGGCUCGGCAUCACUGCGAACGAAACGGCCGGCUGGAAAGAGGGGAACGAAGGCGUCCCCGAUGCUGUCAACAUUCCGUCCAAAGAUGUAAUUCUCGUCGGGCAAGACGGCGACCAGCGAAAUCCCGUGGCGGCCUGUAGCGGUUUUCAGAUUUCUACUGGUCGCGGCGCAAACGACGGCGGCUUCCGCACGUGGCGGCUCAACUGCGAAAUUUUGCCACUGGCUAGUGCAGCACACUACGAGGGCGGAAAACUGCCGCCCUACGCCGCGGACGUCGGCAAAGUGUUCCGCCUGGAGCUCCAGCGCCGGUGGCACGCUAACGACGUGUUCGCCCGGGUUGUGCGUUCCGGAUGGCGGGACUAUUACGUGACGUUUGUCCCAACCAUCGCGUCGCCGACCCACCACACGCGUGCUGAUGGCUCCAUGAUUCCCGCCGUUUCCUUCGACAACCUCGCGGAGACCGAUCUUGAUUGGAGCAGGAAAGUGCGGUUUUCCGUCCUGACUUGGUCCCGGAUUGACACGAGCGAAGACGAAUCGCACGAAAGCACGUUGCGCCACUCGUGUCAUGCGGCGAGUAGCAGCUACUCGAAGUUUUUUGUGAACAGCCAGAAUCUGGAGAACGAGCUCCUCUAUGGCACCAGUGACAAGGCGGCCGAUUCGCUUGCCAUCGCGCACGACGCCCGGUUCGAAUCUUUGGACGUGACGCGUUCCGAGGCCUGCGCGCACCACUUCGAAAUGCGGUCGCGGGGGUGUUUGAUCUACCAGUGCUUUGCUGUCAAGACGCAGCUGUCACAGGAGGACAUGGACCUGUCGCUGAAGAGCAGUGACGAGCGCCUGCAGUUCGUAAACCAAGCCCGAGCGGCAGGGGAAACUCCCCGCAAGUCGACCUACACCAGUGUCCCCAGGAAGACGGACGCGGAGGUGGAGGCCCUUGCAGUGAUCAUUGUGGGAGCGCUCAGCAACUACAACCAGACUGCGUUCAGCGACUACAAGCAGACCCUCAACACCACCGCCACUCCGAACGUCGAAUCGGCAGCAGACUACACGAAUGGUGAUUUCGCUGGAGCAGCCGCAGCCUCGUCCAGGGACAGUGCCGCAGCCGACGACGUGGGUGGUGCCGACGAUGUGGGUGGUGCCGACGACGGGGGUGGUGCCGACUGAGAGCUUUCGCCAGAAAACCAACGACGUUGCUCUGUCUAAAUGUUGUAAAUUUAUCGAGGAGUGAAGAAGCGUUUUCUAAAUUUCACUACCAAGAGCAAGAUGAUGAAUAAACAGCAACACUUUAUUCUUGUUUCGUCAAGAAAAAUUGAAAUUCCGAUUCCGUUUCAGGAAUCUUCAACUCCUGCUACAGUUGCCUUGUAAUUUUUGCACAGUAUGGAACAAACUUUAAGUUCAAUGAAAAAUCUUACUUGUUUCUUUCGCUUCUUGAAAAGCAUGCACUGAUCAUUGCUACGGGCGUGCAGCACUAGCCUAAGUAAACCAGAACCGUGACCGCGGCCUAUCGAUAUUCGACCCGAUUGCCUUGUAAAGCUAAAAACAGAAUUGAAUUAUGAAUUUGUUUUGUAGACUAAUCCUAAUCAUGACAACAAAAUCACAAACCUGAGAUAUGUACGUGUUGAUUCGAUUGCGAUAUUCCGGUAUUAGACACGCCCCUGACUUACACCAAGCGUUUGCCAGGUAUGUUGUUCACAUACGGCUUUGAAUAUAUUAUUCUUCCACGAUUUGUUAUUGCGAUGAGGAAGUCGAGCGCGCAAUGGCCGC